AUGGGGAGCAGCCGCCGCACACGGGAUAUUGGCACCUUCAGGGCGUCUAAUACCAACCAGGAGCCUUCCCAGGCCCCCAACAGGCCAUCUAGUGGGGUUGUUGCUGAAUGUUUGAAGUCAAUGCCGGAAUUAUGUAUGGGUCCAGUUAGAUUUAUCGAAGAACAUACUCCAGCAGAGAUCGAUUCUAUAAUGCUAACCAUUCGUAGCUGGCGCGAAAAGUAUGAUCUCAAGUUAUUCGAGGAUCUUCUAGGCCCAAUCAAUGACGAAAUCAUGACGAAAAUGAAAUAUUGGACCCAUACAUCACCUAUACUGAUGACGAGAAAUACCCACGGAGACCAUUUAGACGCACAAAAUGCGAGCAAGUCCACUCUAAAAUUGUUUUUUCCUAGUUCUUCUGGACACUCCAUUUUCCCGGACAAAGGCCUAUUAGCCUCAUUUCAAUGGUUCAAAGAUACCGGGGUUGCUCGACAUGAAUACCUUCUAUUUAAACUACAAAGAGGCGAAAGUACAUCCCCUACUCACAAGGUUAUGUGGUUGAGACUCGAGCGCCGCCCUAGCGCUAAGGCGGAGUCGAGCAAGAGAAAGCUAAUGGGGAGUCUAUGGGGGCAAUUCAUAGCCGAUGACCUCAUCACUAUAUCACCUCGACGCGAGGAUUUGCUGCAUCUAGAUGGUUCUUCCCUUGAGCAAGCCUCAGCGACCUUCCACGAGAAACUCUCAUUGCGCUACUUGCUCGAGGUUCUCAAUAUAAUACAUGGAGAGUCCCCAGAAUAUCAUCUCGCGGGGGCCCACUGUUGGUUCUACGCAUCUACUAUAGCUGAAAUAGUGACUAAAAAGGUGCGGGUCGUCUGGGAACAUGGUAGCAUCUCACACUGCGAUCACUGGAUGUCCAAGAAUAUAGUCAAUCCCGAACAAUACACUAGGAUUAUGGAUCGCGUGCGUCACUUAAGGGAAUAUCAAAACUGA